GCCAACUACGUUUAUUUUAAUCGUUCAGUUUUAGCUUUAUAAUGUUGGUCGCCCUUCCUAACCCUUCUUUCUAGUUUCCUGUCUGCUAUUCACACAGAAUAAUAGAGCAAUAAUGGCUCCAAAACGCAAAGUACAGAAGGAAGAAGUGCAAGUUUCGCUCGGUCCCCAGGUUAGGGAAGGCGAGAUCGUUUUCGGAGUCGCACACAUUUUUGCCAGCUUCAACGAUACUUUCGUCCACGUGACAGAUCUUUCCGGAAGGGAAACGAUCGCUCGUGUUACUGGUGGAAUGAAGGUGAAGGCUGACAGAGAUGAAGCUUCUCCCUACGCUGCUAUGUUGGCCGCUCAGGACGUAGCGGAAAAGUGCAAGUCGCUUGGAAUUACAGCUCUGCACAUUAAACUCCGAGCCACCGGAGGAAACAAGACAAAGACACCCGGACCAGGAGCACAAUCUGCUCUUCGUGCUUUGGCUCGUUCCAGCAUGAAGAUUGGAAGAAUUGAAGACGUGACUCCAAUUCCUUCCGAUUCCACGCGCAGAAAGGGUGGUCGUCGUGGUCGCAGAUUGUAAUUUUUUUUUACUGCUAUUGCUCUUACAAGUCAAUAAAUGUAUUGAAAUAAUAUAAAAUAAUGAUUUUAUUUAAUAA